GCGGCUCGCCCGCCAUCAUUCGUUCCACCGCGCCAUCGACAUCCGCACGUCCCAACGCGCCGUUCCAUCAGUACCGCUGCACACUCGACCGAGUGUAUCGUCUUGUCCGUCUCACGUGCGUCGAGUCCGCGAUUCUUAGCCAUGAACAAGUUGCCGCCACCGCCGCGGUACCCUUCGCACUUGCUCUACAACAGCACACGCCGCCGCUCCGUAACAUACCGCUACUGUCCGAGUGCAGGAGCAAAAAAGGGAAUAAGUGUAUUGACGGCUAUACCGGAGUACACUGUCACCAAGUUGAGUGAAGAGUAUCAGACAACUUCCUGGAAAAUAUUAGAAAACUCUAUUUCUAAUUUAGUUAAGCAAGUGAAUUCAGAAUCCAAAGCCAGAGAAAUUAAAAAAAAGAUUGUACGUUUAAAUAUUGUGCGUGGUAGAGGUAUACUUUGCAAAAGUGUUAUGGAAGCUCAAUUAGCUUCAACCACUAAUACUCACAUCUAUGCUUUGUUUAUUGCCCUUAUCUACGAUGAGAUUUCAACAAUAGGAGAGUUAAUCUUGGUACGUUGUCUUAAGCAAUUUAGGAAUGCAAGUAAGACCAAAGAAAAAUGUGUAUAUUUGGCAUCAGUUCUAUUUAUUUCGUACUUAAUUAUUUACGAUGUAGUUUCACCACUUGUGGUAGUUAAACUAUUAAAGAUUUUCAUCAAGAUACCCUCCCAGGAUUCAGUUGACGCAACUUUUGUGCUCCUAAAUACAUGUGGAUAUAAAUUGAAUGAGCAAAAUAAAAAGGACCUCAAUAAGAUUGUACAUAAUGUGCAUAAUAAAUCGGUAUACAAUAUGAGAUUUGCCAAAAAGAUUCGCCGUAUGAUACAAAUAAUAAUGAGAACUAUUUCACUUAAAAGUCCAUCAAAAGUGAAGGGUCCUGUCAUAUCCAGACCCCCUUUGACUAUAUUUUCGGCAAAAAAAAUCAAUCCAAAUUAUAGUUUGGAUUCUUACAGUUACGAUCCAGAUUAUGAAGCUAAUGAAGAGAUUUAUUCAUUAUUUCGUGAUCAAAUAUUGGAAAAUGAUAUUAAAGAUGAAUACAUAAUAAUGUACGAUCAUAAUACCUAUGAUGCAGAAAGUAAGUCACUACAACAGACAUUGGUGGUUAAGCACACAGGAAGUCGAAAAGCUAUCAGAAAAUCGAAAAGCUUAAAAGAUGUAUUAGAAAUCUUAAUGGAAUCAUCAUCUUUUAAGUAUGAAAAUUGUGCUUCACAAUUAAUGAAAAUAAAAUUGAAUCCUGGCCAAGAAAAGGAAAUUUGCUACAUAUUUUUGGAGCUUUGCUGUGAGAAUGAUGUGUAUACUGAGAAUCUUGGACACAUGACACAAAUAUUUUGUCAGAUGAACAGAUUGCUAAUUGGACCAUUGCAGAAAAUGUUUAUUGACACAUAUGCUAUUGUCAAUAGUUACGACAGAGUAACAUUACAGAACGUUGCGAAAUAUUUUGCUCAAUUACUAUAUACUGAUACAAUUUCUUGGAUGGUUUUGUCAACAAUACGCCUGGAUAAAAUUCAAACAACAAGAUCUACUGGAAAUUUUGUCAAGCAUUUGUUUCAUGAGUUAGUCAAACAUAUGGGAGAAGAAAAUUUGAAUUGUUACAUUAAGGAUCCAUCAUUGAAAGAUGCAUUUGAAGGAAUUUUUUUCGGUAAUAAUAAGAACCAUUCCAAUUUUUCUGUCGAUUUGUUUUCAUCUAUUGGUUUGGAUGGCUUAAUUACUACAUUCCAAAACUCAUUAAUUUUUUAAUUAAUAUUUUUCCGCGGCUGAAAUUGUUAACAUUGGGAAAUUACUAAUAAUUACAUGUUGGCUGGAACAAUUACCUACAGCGAUUCAACUUCAUAUAAUCACUUGUUAAACAUAUAAUUGGAGUUAUAAUAUCCAAUAUUUUAGUUUUAUGAUACAACUCAUUUUUAUAGUACAAAAUAUAAUUAUUUAAUUUAAGAGUUAUAAAUUUAGUGUAUUUUCUAAGAUAUUAAGCUACAGUUAAAAAUAAUAACUCUUUAAUUUUCCGGUUUUUGUUAAUAAUCAAUUUAUGCAUAUGCAACAACUUAGUAAUUGUUACUAGGAAAAUAAGAUAGUUAAUACUAUAAAACAUUUGUGUUUUUUUUUGAAAAUUUAUUAAUUUUUAUGGACUUCGGUAUAAAAGCUUUAAUUAGUAAUAAGCAAAUUUUUGUUCAACAUCUACGAUGGUGACUUCUACAUGUUAAACAAUCCAUUGAUCUUAAAAUGGUUGUACGGAGGCGAUGGGUGUGAAAACAUGAACUAGGACUUGAACAUUAAUUAUUAACUAUAUAUCAGCAAAAUUCGUAUUAAGCAUGAUAUUGACAAUUUUUAUUAUUAUUAAUUAUUAUACCUAGUCUUUAGGUUUAAUUGGUUAUUGUAAUAAUCAAGUAAAUUAUUCAUUAUUUAUACACAGUUUAUUCAAUUGUAAGAAAUU